UGGGGGCAGCUCAAGGCUCAACUGCAAUCCUUUUAUCUUUUAACCAAAACUACAUUUCCUUAACUGAAGUGUGACUAAGUCUGAAAAAUCUCAGGAGCAUACACAUUUCAAGGGUUCUUCUCUCCCGCUCGGAGCGUCCCGCCUGACGCCAGCAACAGUCGGCAGCGGCGGAGGAGAAAAGGCCGGGCUUUGCUCUUUACGUACGAACGGCGGGGCGGAGCUGCACGAGCCGCGCAUGACCGCCUUUUUCCCGGCUGCGGGCGCCAAUCGGAAGGGGUCGGGGCAGAGGCUUUUUUGCGUUUUGUUUUAUUGCGUGCACCGCGGGGGUUAAGCGUAGCAAAGUUACAUCUUGUCCCGAGCGGUGGCUGCCCCCGUGCUUGAGGCAGAGCGCAAACCCCUCUCCUGCUCGCUUCCUUCCUCCUCCUCCUCCCCCCCCCCCACUGAGCUUGCGGAAAGCAUGAAGCUGACCAAAGCCCAGUACGGCGAGAUUGCUCAGUUCCUCGCCCAAGUAGUGCCCCCAACUCGGCAGAGUCUGAGGAAGCUGAAGGACAGAUUCCCUAGUCAAUCGCAGUCCACUCUGCUGAGCAUCUUCUCCCAGGAGUACCAGAAACAAAUUAAAAAAACACAUGCCAAACAUCACACUCCAGAGGCAACUGAAGCUUACUAUCAAAGGUACCUGAAUGGAGUGUUAAAGAAUGCAGCUUCUCCUGUAUUAUUGGAACUGGCCAAUGAGGUGAAUUUUGCCCCAUCACUGAUGUCUCGAGUAGUGUUGGAAAAAUUUCUACAGGAACAAGAUGGAUCGACUCCUUCCAAAACUCUUAUAAACAGUAUGCUGCGGGACCCUUCUCAGAUUCCAGAUGGAGUUCUAGCAAACCAGGUCUAUCAGUGUACUGUGAAUGACUAUUGUUAUGGACCACUGGUGGACUGCAUCAAACACGCUAUUGGACAUGAACAUGAAGUCUUGCUGCAAGAAAUGCUCUUGGGGAAAAAUAUACCUUUUUUAGCUGAAGAUCAGCUACGUGCAAAGGGUUAUGACAAAACACCCGAUUUCAUAUUAGAAGUGCCAGUAGCUGUGGAAGGACAUACAAUUCAUUGGAUUGAAAGUAAAGCCUCAUUUGGUGAUGAAUGCAGCCACCAAGCCUACUUGCGUGACCAGUUCUGGAGUUACUGGAACAGAUUUGGCCCUGGACUAGUUAUCUAUUGGUAUGGAUUUAUUGAGGAGUUAGAUUGUCAUCGCAAUCGUGGUAUCCUGCUCAAAGACUCCUUCCCUACAGACAUAGUUACUCUCUGAGACAGCAUGGCUGAGCAGCGAGGGUGGAAGAAACGUUGAGAGGAAAAGGCGAAUCCGGAAGCAAUUUUACUUUCCUGCAGUAUAAACUACUGGCAGCAUCUGCCCUGAACUUCAGUUGAACUCUCACUGCCCGGGAUCACACUACUACUACUUUAGACAAACACAUCAAGGGUUUCUGUUUUACUUCAACCCUCUGCUGAUGCAAGCAGCCAAAAAAUACAGACACAGCCCAAACAUUAUCAGCAUUUCUGUCUCUGUCGAACAGUUUAUAGAUAGCCGUAAUCUUUCUUCCUUCCGGAUGGCUUCUCCUUGCACUUUGAACAAAAGAAGAAAUGUGGAGGCUAAAAGGUGUGGUGUUCAGUUUUCCUCCCUGUUAUGAAGUCACCUUUAAAAAAUGUCUUCUGCCACACACAACCUUUUUUUCUAGUAAUUGUUAAAAAUCUCGCUCCACUUAAUGCUCAUAUUGUACCCACUAGCCAGCUAGUUCAGCUCAUGGAGGGGUAUAAAAUAAUGUCAUCUAGUAAUGUUGUUUUAACUCUAAACUUCCUAGCUUUUGUGACACAAAGCCAGGCAGAUUAGAUUUUUUUAACGUAAGUUUAAUAACUGGAAUAGGAGGUGCCUUAUUCUGUGUUGUUAAAAGCAAAAACUCAGAACUGUUUUCUUUACAGAUAUUAAGCUUUAAGACAUUUUAAUAUUGGCUUACAUACCACACAGCAAUCCAUAGUCCUGAAUGAGAGAGAGAGAGAUGCCAGCACUGCUUGCAAAGGUAGGACUGCUUUGUGCCUACUAAGCACUGUGUAGAUGCAGUUGUGAUGGUACGCCCACUGGGAAUGAUAGGAGUAUUUUUGCAAUGCAUAGUAGGCACACAGCACCUCGCCUUCUGAAGCACCGCAGGCGUGCUUUAAAGUGACCAAUGCAGCUUCUGCACCUCUUUUAUAUGUACAGAUAUCUGUGUGGUUUGUAGAAGUGUUUGUUGCAGAUAUUAAGGCAGGGUAGGCAACCUUGACUCUCCCACUGUUGUUGAACUACAACUCCCAGCUUCCCCAGCCAAAAUUUAUUGUGGCUGGGGAUGAUGGGAAUUGUAGUUCAACAACAGUGGAAGAGUCAAGGUUGCCUAUUUGUGUAUUAAGGAGCAACAUUAAAGCAAAUAAUUUCUUUGGACGACAUGCUUGUUGGAAGUAGCUGCAUAACUGUUCAGUGAUACAUUACACAAAGAUAUGAAUGCUGCAGCUAUUGGUGAUGCUCACAAACAUAGAAAGCAAUUAAACUAGAGUAAGAAAAAUGUACACCCCAAACAGGAUGUAGCAAUCCAAAACUGAUGUCUCUUAUGAUCUCCUAAUCCUGUGUUGGGGGUCAUAGAUCAGUAGAAAAGCCCAUGUUUUGGAUGUGGAAAAUUCCAAGUUCAAUCCCUGGCAUCUGCAGGAAGGUCCACUGUCUGAAAUCCUAAAGAGCCACUCCCAGUCAGUGUAGACCAGGGCUGCACAGCUUCAGCCAACCAGCUGGUUUUGGACUACAAUUCCCAUCAUCCCCAGCUACAGUGGGCAGUAUUCAGGAAUCUUGGGGAUUGUAGUCCAGCAUCUGUAAGAGGACUGAAGUUGUGCAGCCCUGAUGUAGACAAUAAUGAGCUAGAUACUCCAACUCAGUAUUAGGCAACUUCCUAGGUUCUUCAUUCAGCAAGUACUUGACAAUGAUCUGAUAUUUAUUUCACUGUCACUGAUGGCCCCCACAAGAAAUCCUGCUUUUGCAACUCCUUUUAAUACCCCUCUUUUGAAAGGCUAUCACCCUGUUCCCACCCCUUCAAAAAUUCAGUCCUACCCACAUUUAUAUUAUACAUUAAUUUGAUCUUCCAUAUUGAUCACCAGCAUUGUAAAACCUGUCUAAUCAUACUUUUUAAACACCCAUCUCAGCAAGAGAAGAUGCUGUUUUCUGUCCCAUUGUUGGAUUUUCCUCCCCACCCCCACUAUAUUUCAUUAUUUAAUUUAAUUAUUGAAUGAAAAGAAAUAGCUAUCAUUAACCCAGCAUGUCCAAAUGCAGUAGAGGAACCUCCAUGCUACUCCUAGACCAAAGGUUCUUAACCUGUGGUACUCCAGAUAUUGCUGAAAUACAACUCCCAUCAUUCCCAAACACAAUAAAUUGUAGUUCGGCAACAUCUGGAGUACCACAGGUUAAGAACCCCUGUCUUACACGAUGGUUUACCUACUUGACAAAGAUCACCCUGCAGUUUCGAAAUGUGUUUCUUUGAAAGAUUAAACUUUCAGCAAGACCUUAUUGCAAGCAGCUGUAACUCAUUUAUGUUCACCUGUUUAACAUAUUGCGACAGACUCACAGGUUUGCGCAUAAAAGAUGGGAGAAGAAAUCUAUAAUGUGUAACUUACUGGUAGUACUCAGAAGUAGUAUUCAGGUUGUUACUGCCUAGCAUGCAUUAAAACCUUGAAGGGGGUGAAAAUGAAACAAGUAAUGCAGCAUUAUUCUAGUGCAAGACUGAAAAGGAGGAUUGUCGAAAUGGAAAAGGGUUCAUGGGCAAAGUGGUAUUUGCUUGAGGUGGUACAGCUGCACCGUGCUGUGUGAAAUAAUCUGCCACAGCAUCUUAAGAUAGCCUGUUACUUCUCUUUCUCUCUGACUUUUAAAUAAAUUAAAUUUAUCUGCACAGAUGUUGAAAAUCUU